CACCUUACACGGAACUCUGGGCAGCGCCCCAUCCAUUAGUCUCCAUUGUCCCAGCUUACGUAAGUCUCCACCCCAGCACGCCCAUGUACCUAUGGCCCGUCAAUACUUUUCCAACCCUUAAAGUAACUUUGGCACCCCUUUGCUGGAGGUGAGUAGGUACGACUUGUCACUAAUUUGAGAUACAGCUGGAAACAGCUUGCACAGCCAAAAGUUGAAAUACUAAAUGUUAUCGUAACCUAUAGAUACCGCAAGAGCCACAGUAUACUCUCAGUUAGCCAUAAGGAACGGUCACAUGACUGCCCCCUUGAUGGUACCAUCGCGAGAUUGUACGAGAGCCGGUGGCCACAAGCAGUUCUACAAGUACUGGGAGAAAGCUUGCUGUGCACGAAAUUAUGGAUUCUUCUUGCCACAGUCAAGUCCUUCUCCAGCAGCUGAAUAUGCAGCGUGAGUUUGGAUUUCUUUGUGACUGCACAGUUGCAAUUGGAGAUGUAUAUUUUAAAGCACACAGAGCAGUUCUUGCAGCAUUUUCAAACUACUUCAAGAUGAUCUUCAUUCACCAGUCCAGUGAGUGUAUAAAGAUCCAACCAACAGAUAUUCAGCCUGACAUAUUCAGUUACCUUUUGCAUGUCAUGUACACUGGAAGAUGCCCAAAACAGUCAGUUGAUCAUAUUCGUUUAGAUGAGGGAAUAAGAUUUCUCCACGCAAACCUUCUGGCACUUUCUGCCAAUGAGCAAACCAAAAUGUUUUCAGCUGAUACUAUACAGUCUUCUAAUUUAUAUGGGAUCCAGAUCUCAACAGCUCAAAAAACACAGAAGGAAGCUAUUACUUUGAGAGAAAUUCCCACAAACACCAUCAGGUCUGCCCCAGAAGAAGAACAUCCCCAGUUACAGCUGUCACUUGCCAUUGGACUUGAAGGUGUUAGUCAGGAACAGCAAAGCUCACAUUUCCCUGCACAGGUUGAUACUAGUGUGAAGUCAUUAGAAGAGUUUCAGAAAACAACAGUGUCCAUUAAGGAGGAAAAGUGUGAUUCUGAAGCUUCAAGAUCACCUCAGCAACCAUUCCCACCCUUAGAAGGUGAAGAAUCUACCUUCGCAAAAACUGCUAAUAAAACCCAUUCUUGUCAUUACUGUGGUGAAACGUUUGAAUCUCGGGUUAUUUUAAGAGAUCACCUGCAUAUACAUGUUUCUGAAUCCCUCCCAUUUGGUGUCCCUGCAUCUAUUCUAGAGAGUGAUGACUUGGGGGAAGUCCGUCCCAUACUAGAAAACAUAGAGAAUACAGAAAGUUACAGGCUUGGUAACAUCCUUGUAAACAAAAGUGAAGAGUCAUCUCAAAACUCAAGCCACCAAGAGCAAUUGCAACUCAACCAACUGUCUUUUCUGUCAAAAGAAGCAGAUCCCAUUGAAUUAAACUGCAACUUUUCAUUGUUACGAAAAAGAAAACUCAGUUGCACACUGUGUGGACACAGAUUUCUACGCAGAAGUCAGCUUCUAGAACACCUGUAUGCACACAAAAUGAAACCACAUAAAUAUGGCAGGUACCAAAGAAUUGGGAAUCAAAUAGAUCAGACGUUGCAGACAUACAGUGACACUCUUACUGAAAACACACAAAGUCAUCUGGAGGCAUCACAGGAUUACCCAGAGUUUCUCGAGGAACUUGAAUCCAGUGUCCCAAAAGGACAAGCAGAAGCUGUUUUGGUAGAUUAAUGUUUUUAUAGACAAUUGUGGAUGAGUGCAUUUAUUUAUUGUAUGUUUGGUUUUAGUACUUCUUUCUUCUAGUCAUGUUCAGUGACUGUCACAUUAUCAGAAAUUUCAUUUUCAUUAGAUUCAAUUAGAGUCUAUAUGUAUAUUAAUUAUAAAUGUACAGCUACCUGUAUGCAGUGUAUAUGAGUCCACAGCAUGGAACAAAGUAUUUGAGCAGCAGACUGGUUUACCAGAACAUUGUGCAGGUAAAUAUAUGCAAACCAAUCUCCUUGAAUCGUACAUAUAUGAUUGUGUACAAAUUUGUCACUACUUUGAAUUAUUAUAUCUGUAAAAAACAUAUGUAUGUUUAAGCAUUUUGUUGCUCUUUUGUUUAGUACGUACGUGUUGAUAUGCUUUGAGUUAAUAAAUCAAUAAACAGGAGGUUAAAAAUUGGGAUAAUUGCUAAAAAAACACUUAAUAAAUGAUAAAGGAAUGGUUUUCCAAGUAAACUGUAUUCUAAAAACUUUUAAGCCCAUAACAGAAAACAACUAUAUAUAUAGCUAAACCUUUGUUUUCCUUGAUAAAAAAAAAUGAUUUGCUAUUUAUGAAGAUAAAGAGGAUGCAAACCCUUUACAAAAAUACCAAAAGUAAAAAUCUAUGUGCAGUUGUUGCUAUUUGCCAGUGAUUUAUAUAGACGUGCUAGGGUGGAGGAGACUUUCUGUUAGGUGCGGUUCCUGCAAUGGUAGGAGUUAAUCUUACCUGCACCUCUCCCCCAAUCAGCAACAGGAGAAACCUUUUUAUAGACCCUACCUUGCUUUGCUUCUUGCCUGAGCAAAAAGGUGUUCAAAGUUGGAGUUAAGCAUUUGUGCUUUAGUUAGAAAAUACUGUUGUGAAAUCUGCCUGUCUGACCUUGCUAAUUCCUAAUCCUCUGGUAUCGCAUUGUUGUUGAUUCCUGUGUAUGAUUUUGGCUUGUUUCCUGACCAUCCGCUUAGUCUCAUCCCUUGGUGCUGCAUGUCAAUGAUUUCUGUGUAUGAACCAGCUAGGCCUCCCAAACUACUCUGUUGUGUGUCCUAAUUGACGCUUUCCCCCCAGACUUCCCUAACAUCUGAGCAGGUUACUGCCUUUCUGAGUUACUGCUUCCAUCUGUGCAUGCACAGUUGUUCUCUAGCCUGUAGCAGGUCCUGUAGUACUCAUAACAAGGGGUGUGUUCAGUGUAAGCACCCUGCAGCCUGUUCUUGGUUGACCACUGGGUUCUAUAACACACUUAAUGUUAUUCCCUAAAACUUCCCUUCAUAGUCCUGCACAGCCAGAGGAUCUCCAGGCAAGUUCAACUGCCUAUGUAGGAAGGCUUCUGACUAGAGGUUAGACUUAUUUUUCAACAAAAUGGGACAUGUAUUAGUCAUAAUUGUUUUUGUGGAGGUUGUAGAAAGAUGGUGAUAGACUGGGCUCUUGGGACACCCUUCCCAGAGAUUUUCGAACUUGUUACCCAAUAUUUCCAUGGCUCCUAAUUGCCAGUUUUUUUGUUAUUUUAUUUUUUUUUACUCAUGAUUUUAGUACUGUGUUACUAUUUGAGGUAUAGAUUCAUAAUUGUAUAUAUCUAAAAAAAAUGUUUUUGCUCAGUUUAGUUUUCUUAUUAUUUCUACUCUCAUAAGUAAAGUUAACAUAGCUUUGCCUUAAAUAUAUAGAGACAUUUGACAUAUAGUGCAGCUGAUCCAACUGUACCUUGUGGCUGAGGAGAUACUAAAGAAAUUUGGCAGAAGCAAUUGUGUUAAUACCAGGAACUAUUCUUCCCCUUUUUCAGGAACAAACCAGCUUCUCCCUUAAAAUAUCCUGCUUUUGUUUUGGGGCAUGUUUACAUCAACUCCGCCAAUAAACCUAAACAGUUUGUUUCAUUUCUGUGUUUUCAGGGGGAAGGUUGGCACCAAAAUUAGCUGACUUAUUAUGGUGUUCAAGGUUCAUUCAUCUGCUUCACACGAGUGAAUGUCACUAGUCACAGUUGGAAAUGGUGUAAACGCUGUUUCUCUUUGUUGUUGGGGUAACUGUGAGCUCCCUAUGUUCACUGUCUACUUAGCUAAGACAAGCACUGCACAGUUCAGCAUUAAAACCCUUUAAUACUUUGUCUUGCUUACUAGUAAACACCAAGAAUCUGAAAACUUUACUUAAAGGGACAGUAUAACCCCUUUAUAACAUUAGCUGAACAAUGGUUGUACUGGGCAUACUUUUGCCUAUUGUUUUAAUAUAUGGUUUCUGUUAUAUCUGGCACUAAACAAGAAUAUGAAGCCAGUUUCACUUUAGUACUCGCUGUCACUUCUGGUCCCAAAGAACUUUAGAAAAGCUUAAUAAACUAAUUUUCAGUCCACUGAGAAGCCCCUGAUAAUGAGCUCCUCAAAGACAGGGAGCUCUGAACAAAUGGCCCUGUUUAUAAAGGAAGUGGGAGGUGAUUGCAUUGAACUUUCAAAGUAGAAUGGCAAAACAUUAGGAAGAUAACCUAUUUAAUGUGUUAAUUUUUAGCAAAGGUGUUUUUAGGUGUAUACUGUCCUUUUAAUGUCAGUCUGUAGCUAUUUUAGUGAGAUAGCUAUAUCAGAUAUAGCCAGGUUGGACAACUUAAUUAAAGCAAGAAGGGUACACACAAAUUCUACUGGAUUAAUGCAGGUGAUAUUACCUUUAGUUGCAGAGUAAAGUUGUGUGGUGUGCUGUAGCCUCCCUUGCACUCUAACCCUCUAGCAUUAUAAUAAGUGAGGUAAACCCCCCCUCUUAUUUCUGUUGACUUUGUAGGCACUUCUUGGUUUCUUUGUGUUUUGGAGUACUAGCUGGAAAGGUUAAAUUCACUAUAAUAACUAUAUAGGAAGAAGACCCCACUCGGACCGUAGGGUCGGCUUCCUGUAUAGUGAUAGAAAUCCCCCUUCCCAGCCACUCUCCUACUUGCAGCAGGGAAGCGGGGAAUGCAGACGUGCAGGGGACGCUGGUGGGGGGCUGGAGUGGGCAGUUGAGAAGUUCUGGGUACUGAUUGCUGUGUAAGGUGGGGGGGUCCCAACGCCAUCAAAAUUAAUGGUUAAAUUGUUGAGUUGGCAGUAACCCUGUGAAAGGAAAGAAGCUAGAUUGCAGAUUUGUUGGUCCUUUGAAUUGAGGAAAGAGAUGAAAUGUCUCAGUCCAGAAGCAUUUCCAUUUAUCAUAAGCAUGGAGGCUCUGUGGCAGGAUUCCAACACACCAGAGAUUCUGUUAGUAUGGUAUUUGUCUCAUACACACAUUUGCAUUUUCCAGCAUGCUCUACAGCUGGGCAUUCAUUCAGGUUCCAGCUAAGCAGUGAAAUUGGCUCAGAUCUAGCUAUAUUAUUGUACAUCUUCCUGUGUUAGUAGCAACAUGGAUUCAGACCUGAUAUAACUGCACAUCCCAUUUCCUUCAGUUGUUCCUGAUCUUUUUGCAUUCAAUGUGAUGUUUUAUAUGCACUGUCAUAGUGUUCACUUGAAUGUAUGUUUAAAAUUUAGCACAUAUUGUAAUUAAUACAAGAGUUAACUAUG